AUGUGUGGCCGCUAUGCCUUACCUAUUGCUCCUACUACCUUACCUGAGUACUUUGGUCGACAGAAUCUGCAUGUUGACCAAGUCGUAUAUUCUGAAAAAAGAACGGCUCAUCAAUAUAAUAUCGGACCAACUGCUGUUGUUCCGGUAUUCAUCCUUACGAGCAAAACUGCAGACAAAAGUGGUGAUAUAAACGGCUACAUAGAGUAUAUGAGAUGGGGACUUAUACCCAAAUGGGUCAAAACAAGAUCGGACUUAAGAAGGAAAGUAGGGAGUACAUUUAAUGCCAGAGUUGAAAACUUGACAAGCCUCUCAACAUGGAAAAGCAAUGUGAAUAACAGAUGUGCAGUUCCCGUUUUGGGAUAUUACGAAUGGACACAUGAUAAAAUAAAGAAACCAUACUAUAUCAAAAGAGAAGAUGGUGAAUUAAUGUUUCUUGCCGGUUUGUUCAGCCAUGGAAAAUUGGACAAUGACACCGAGGAGACCGGAUCGUUUACGGUUAUAACAGACGAUGCUCCUGACUACCUUAAGUGGUUGCAUCCUAGAAUGCCUAUUGUCUUGCAACCGCAAGAUGAAAGUUUCCAAAAAUGGAUCGAUCCGGCCGUUGACAUAGAGACUGCAUUAGAAUUGAACAAGAAAAACCAUUCUAGCAGGGAAGCUCUCGAAUGGUAUGCUGUGGAUAGAAAUGUCGGCGACAGCAGGUCUGAUGACAAGAGUUAUGUGUUGCCACAGAGAAACCUUAUACUUAACUUCUUCAAAACUAAAGCAAAAACUGCCAACUCAAAGAAGAGGUCUUCUAAUGAUGGCGAUGGUGAAAAGAAUAAGAGACCUAAAAUUCCCAAAGCGGAAUAA